UGAUUGGUGAUUGGUGAUUGCCAAAACCGGAAGUUAAGACAAGUCGUCUCCAACGUUGUAAUCAUAUUCGUAACAUGCUAGCUCGGGAGGGACUGCACAGACAGCCACUUUCGAUAAGGCUGCCCCGCCCAUUAACGACCCCUCUUUCACUAUAUUGUUUUACUGAUAUCACACUGCAACAGCCCGUCGACUGUUGUGGCCACCGUCCUUAAACAAACAGAGUUCACAUAACGUUCUCAGAGGAGCAACAACAAGACCGGCGACCUUUACAAGAGAAUGUGGCUGCCCUUGGUUGGAAUGACUGCCCUGCCACACCUUGGGGGGCUCUAUGGCGGGUACAUCACACGCAAAGAAGUGAAGACGUGGUACCUCACCCUGCAGAAACCAUCAUGGCGGCCACCAAAUGCAGCCUUCCCAGUGGUGUGGACCUGCCUGUAUACAGGGAUGGGCUAUGGCUCCUACCUGGUGUGGAAAGAGCUCGGAGGUUUCAAAGAGGAGGCGCUGGUGCCGCUGGGACUUUACGGCCUGCAACUAGCGCUCAAUUGGGCCUGGACGCCCAUCUUCUUUGGUGCACACAAGCUCAAACUGGCCUUCAUGGAGAUCGUGCUUCUCACCGGGACUGUUGGCGCCACCAUGUGGUCAUGGUACCCCAUCAGCCGGCCCGCAGCUCUGCUCUUGGCACCCUACCUGGCCUGGCUGGGCUUGGCUACCUCCCUCUGCUACCGCAUAUGGCGGGACAACCCUGACACAAAAGACGAGUAGGAAACAUGUCAUCGUACUUCAGGACAAAACAAACCACAUCAGCCUUAAUCCAUUUGGGGCACUUUCAAGUGAUCUUCAAAUUUACUUUUCUUUGCACAAAGCUUUGAUUUUUUUUUUAGCCACUUUUGGAUUAACGUAAUUAUUUUGUUCUUGAUUUCUUUUCAUACCAGAAUCCUUUUGUCUUCAUAACAGGUUAUUCUUAAGUGUAUGAUCAUGUGCUUCUUUUAAAAACUUUCCUGUCAUAGAAUGGAAUAAAUGAUUGGUGCUCAUUUUAAACCAUGCGGAUUUAUUUGCUGCACAGUAAGAUUACAGCAACCAAGAGUGUUGAGAGGAGGCUAACGCAGGUACAUUGUGGAAUAAAGCAGGGUUUGCCAUAAACAUACACGGUCAC